UUUCCCUUUUCUUUAGGCUCUCUUGAUAAACAAAAAUCAAGAAGACGUUUUUACGUUCAAAAGUGAACUUUUGAAAUGCGUAUUAAAUGUGUACUUUUAUAAUAAAACAAUACAAUAAAAGUGAACAUAUUUACAGUUAAGGUUCUGCUGGCGCCACUUGUGACAAAACGGCGCAAAUCUGGCUGCACUGUGCAUAACGACCGCAGUAUUAUGUUGUCCCAAGAGGGCAGUGAAGGCUGUUCAGUGUUAGCGCCUUUGCUCUUCACAGAUUGUCACAGCGCAAGGCGCCACCCCUGGCGCUCAGGUUUAAUUAAAAUGAGGACUUUUUGCUUCCCGCAUCCUCAAACAUCUCCAGGGACGCCUCUCUACCUUGGAGAUUUGGUGGAAAACGCAGUGAUUGGAUGAGGAAAUAAAUAACACAUAACGGCAUUUUUUUUCGCCAACUAUAAAGACAAUAUAGAGCCUAACUUCCAGAAACCAAUGUGAUCGCUAACGCAUGUUAACCCGGAAUCGCAUUUCCUAGGAAAUACUGAUUAUACUAAAAUGCAAAAUGAAAGAAAAGCAUUCGGAAGACUUUGCCCCAACAGCCUGGCGAAUUUCUCCUCUCGUAUUCAAGACAGGAAACCAUCCAAGGAAGACAGCAAAAAGGAACCUCCGAAAAUUGUCACGGGCAACGUUCCAGUUUCCAUUUACAUUGAAGAGACGUCCAAUAUCGUUGAUGAAGCCUUCGCAACGAUCGCUUGGCAAGAUCUGGAAGAAUGCACUUCCGUUCUGCAGCGGGAGAGCGGCUCAGUGCAGCAACAGAAUGCGCAGAUACCCAAUUCAGGCUACGAUCUUCCCGUGUUUGAGGAUGCUGUUGGCCACAUGAUUCCUGACCACCCUGCGCUGAUGCAGCCCUGCCUCGAUUCUGUCAGCCUGCAGCUCCCCAGCUGUGAUGUCGCUGACUUUGAGGGCUGUGUCAUGUCACCCAUCCCCGCUUUACCGGAACACAGCCUGCACAGCACCAUGACUUACACCGCCCUGAGCCACGCGCCGCACGAGGGCCUAAGUCCUCAUGCCGAGCAGUACUGGAAGCAUGUGGCUGAUCACAAUCAGAAGGCUCUGGGAGAUGCCUUGCAAGCUAACAAUCAGCUCCAUGUCACAUUGAACAGAAAGCAAGAAGAGAUUGCAUCUCUACAGGAGAGAAACAUCCAUCUGAAAGAGCUUGCAGACCAAGCCAAACAUCUGGCCUCAGUACUUGAUAGGCUUAUGACACAGCCCAACAAUGCAAAUCACCCCACAGCAGAAUCCUGCCAAGGGAAUGGGGGCAUUAAAAGACGGAGGCUGGAGGAUUGUUUCGAGCCCGUUCCUGGCUGCAAAGAGGUGGAUGACAUCUUGAAAGACAUCACAGACAAGUGCAACGCGGUUUUGCACAGAGACUCCAAGCAGCCAAGGUUGCAGCAAGAGGCAGAAGAAAAUGGCAGUGACAACCAGGGGACGGGAACAAUAAAUAUGCACGGUGCCUUCAAUGGACUGAAGACCUGCACGACGCGUCACUCCAUCGUUGUAGAUGGUGGUGACAUGGAAGAAGGAAUGUCCUUUAAAACCUCCAUUAGAGAUCACUGUACGAUCAGAACCCUGGCUUUUCCCCAGGGAAAUGCUUUCACCACAAGAACUCCUAGUGGGGGGUACAAAUUCCGAUGGGUACCAAGUUAGAAUGGGGUUUCAGCUAACUACACUAGCCAGAGACGACUUCUCAGAAUGAGCAGAGCAUACGAUGAAUCCAGUUUUGCACUGCCGCACUUACAUACUCUUUUAAUAAACAAUGUUCUGUUGCUCAGUUUUGGCUCCUGCCUUGAAAACCACCUGGAAGAGAAAAAAAAGGGCUUUUUUUCAACUCUAGAGUGGUGUAUUUUCAUACUGAAACUGAGUUCGGCACAAAACAUGCAACCAUCUUUUCAUUUUUUAUUUUGGCAAAAAUGCCUGCAUUAUUAAUUCAUUCGGCUGGUGCUUUUAUCCAAAGCUACUUAACUGUACGUUUGUUACGGUUAGGCAUUUUAUUGGAGCAAACUGAAUGAAGUACCUUGAGGGUACAAUAGUAAUGUCCCAAUUGGGAUGAUUCUCCUUGCUUGGUUUGAAUUUGUCUGUUUGCCCUAAAAUGGCACCAUGGCAAAAUGUCUUUUGAAAAAAAAAUUAUUACAUUCGUAAUAAGUAAUGCUGCUGGAGAGGUGUAAUUAUGUAAUGUUCUACAUAUGUACCUGUAUAUAUUUUUAUUCUCCAAUUAUGUUUACACGUUUGCAACACUCAUUGAAGGAUACAAAAGUUUGCGCUUAACUUAUAGAAAAUGUAUAAUAACAUUGUUGGGAA